AUGAUGGUGUCGCUCGUUCGCGCGCUCGCGUCGCCGUCGCGCGUCGCCGCGCGGACGGCCGUCGCGCGAUGCGCGGCAGUCGCGCGUCGUCCGAUGCCGUCGUCUCCGUCGAGACGGUUCGUCUUCUCCGAGAUGCAUCUUUUCCCGACGGCGCCGGCGCGCGCGGCGGCGUGCGCGCCGCGUCUCGCGCGAAGCUUCGCGUCCGCGCCAGUCCUGCGCGAAGCUCUGCGCGACGCCGCGAAGUCGACGCCGGACAUCGCGAAAGCUUCCGCGGCGAGGGGGGUGAAGGUUUCGAAGGCGCGGCAUCUCGCAAGAUUUCGUGAAAGACUUCCUGCAAGAUCGACAGAAGUUUGGCGGCGUCGCGCAAAACGAAUCGUACGUGUAUGCCGUGUAGCCAUAAAAGGGUUAAGAAUGGCAAGUAACAACUUAGAACGUUGGCUGCAUAGUAACGAAGGAUUUGACGCAAGAUCGUCAGAACAUUUGCGGCUAUUGACGCUAUGCAAAGGACUUCUCGCGCGGACGAAACUCUUUUUUGUCGCAUCUUGCAUCUUGAACAUCUUGAACAUGGCGUGCGUGUUCUGCAUGCCCUCAUAG